AUGGCGGCAAGGCUGCUGACGUUACUGUCUUGUAUGAGGAACAAAAACAGCAACUUAUCAUCGGACGACGAAGAAAAAUGCGCGAAAGCAGUAUCGGAAGCAAAGGCCUUAUUCACGGUGACCGGAAUGACCUGUUCCGCCUGCUCCGGCGCGGUGGAGACUGCCAUCAGACGCCUUCCGGGGAUCAACGAGGCGGCGGUCGACGUCCUCAACCACCGCGCGCUAGUCGUUUUUUGUCCGGCUUUCGUUAAUGUGGAAAACAUCCGUGAGGCGAUCGAGGAUGCAGGGUUCGAUGCCGAAUUGAUCGAGGAGGACAUAAACGAGACAAGCGCUCAACUAGUUAGUCGAAUACAUGUACAAGGCCUUAACUGUAUCUCAUGUGCAACGACCAUAGAACACCGUUUAUCGGCCGUGCAUGGCGUACAAAAGGCACUAGUCGUAUUACUCGACAAACAAGUCCACGUACACUAUGACCCGAAAAUCUUGACCUGCAACCAAAUCUUGGAAGAAGUCCACGAAAUCGGAUUUGAAGGCGAAAUCAUCAGCAGUGGAGAAAAUAGCAGCAAAGUACAACUCAAAGUUGAAGCACUACAAACCGAAAAUUCAAUCGCCAUAGUUACAAACUCUCUCAAGUCACUGCCAGGUGUUCAAGAAGUCAACUUUGAAACAAAGCUUCAAAAGUUGUCGAUUUUGUACGAACCCGGUUUGACGGGCCCCAGAGACUUUAUCCGAACCAUUCAGUCGUGCGGGUUUAACGCAACAAUGUUUUCCAAAAGAGAAGGACAGGAAGCUCGUCGAGAGGACGAGAUCAAACAGUACUACAGAUGCUUCCUCUGCAGUUUGUUGUUUACAGUUCCUGUUUUUCUAAUGUCGAUGGUGUUUAUGUAUAUCCCCGGUGUGAAUCACGGACUGGAUGUGAAAAUUGUGAAUAAUCUCAGCAUUGGCCAGGUUCUGAGGUGGAUUUUAACCACGCCGGUCCAAUUCAUCAUUGGCCGGCGAUUUUACACCGGGGCUUAUAAAGCAUUGAGACGUGGCUCGUCAAAUAUGGACGUCUUGAUUGCACUCGGAACAAACGUGGCUUAUUUUUACUCGGUCUAUUCGGUUCUAAGAGCUGCUUUCUCACCGAAUUUUGAGUCUAAUGAUUUUUUCGAGACGAGCUCGAUGCUCAUCUCGUUUAUAUUGUUAGGUAAAUAUUUGGAGGUUCUGGCUAAGGGGAAAACAUCCGAGGCCAUGGAGAAACUAAUGGACUUGUCCCCUCAAGAAGCCACGCUAUUGACAUUUGAUAGAGAUGGGAAUUUGUUGAACGAGCAAGAAAUCGAGAGUCGGUUGAUUCAAAAGAACGAUGUGUUGAGAGUUGUGCCUGGGGCAAAGAUACCGUGCGAUGGGCUUGUUGUGUGGGGGCAGAGUCACGUGAAUGAAAGCAUGAUCACGGGGGAAUCCAAGCCGGUGGUAAAACGAAAGGGCGAUUUAGUCAUUGGAGGGACUUUGAAUGCGAACGGGGUGCUGCAUGUUAAGGCAACUAAGGUGGGGCCGGAGAGUGCCCUGUCGCAAAUUUUCCGGCUGGUCGAGUCGGCUCAGAUGGCGAAAGCCCCUGUUCAGAAAUUUGCUGAUCUUGUUUCGAAAUUCUUUGUUCCUCUGGUGAUAAUUAUAUCGAUUUCGACUUGGUUUGCAUGGUUUUGUGCGGGGAAAUUGAAUCAGUACCCGAAAUCUUUGAUCCCGUCUUUUAUGAAUGGGUUCGAGCUAGCGCUUCAGUUUGGGAUAUCGGUUAUGGUGAUAGCUUGCCCGUGUGCACUUGGUCUAGCUACACCAACAGCUGUUAUGGUAGCCACAGGUGUGGGUGCUUCUCAGGGUGUGCUGAUCAAAGGCGGCCGCGCAUUAGAAACCACUCACAAGGUGAACUGCAUAGUUUUCGACAAGACGGGAACUCUCACCGUUGGGGAGCCAGUGGUGGUCAGCUGUAGACUCUUGAAAGAUAUGAGUCUUGAAGAUUUUAUAUCUCUAGCUGCUUCUGCUGAGGUGAACAGCGAGCAUCCACUAGCCAAGGCGAUCGUCGAGUAUGCUAAAACGUGCUGUCUCGCCAAACAGAGCUCUGUUUGGCCCGAGGCCCGUGAUUUCCAGUCCAUAACUGGCCACGGUGUGAAGGCACUCGUUAGAAACAAACAAGUCCUCGUGGGGAAUAAGAGUCUAAUGUCGAAUCACAAUGUUACUAUUCCAGUGCAUGCUGAAGAAAUACUGGCAGAAGCCGAAACGUCUGCUCAAACUGGAAUCCUCGUGUCGAUCGAUAAGGAGCUGCACGGGAUACUUUCCGUGUCCGAUCCACUGAAGCCGGGAGCAAGAGAAGUAAUUUCCAUUCUUAAGUCGAUGAAAGUCGAAAGCAUGAUAGCGACGGGUGACAACGAAGGGACUGCAAAUGCAAUUGCCAAAGAGGUCGGCAUACGUACUGUGAUCGCAGAAGCUAAACCCGAACGCAAAGCAGACAAAGUGAAAGAACUACAGGCUGCCGGAAAAACGGUGGCCAUGGUGGGGGACGGCAUAAACGACUCGCCGGCGCUGGCGGCGGCAGACGUGGGUAUAGCGAUUGGGGCAGGCACAGACAUUGCAAUCGAGGCCGCUGAUGUUGUCCUAAUGAGGAGCAACCUCGAGGAUGUGGUGACAGCCAUUGACCUCUCGAGGAAAACAUUUUCUCGAAUUCGACUCAAUUAUGUCUGGGCCCUUGGGUACAAUGUCCUGGCUAUCCCGUUGGCCGCGGGGGCUAUUUUCCGGUGGACGGGUUUCCGGCUGCCGCCGUGGGUGGCCGGUGGGGCAAUGGCGGCGUCUUCGGUCAGCGUGGUUUGCAGCUCUCUUUUGCUGAAGAAUUACAGGAGGCCUAAGGUGCUAGAUACUCUGCAGGUGGGUGGGAAAUUAUAA